ACCGCCACCACAACAACGACAACGACAACAACCGUGCCCACCCCAAACAGCCCCCGUCCCGAUUGCCACCCGCUCAACCACCCCGCGCGGAUUCCGGGACGCGAACCAUGGGACAUUCACCGCCCGCGCUUCGCCAGUCGGCGACCUUCCCGACCAGCGAUUUCCCUACCCUGAACGAAAAGGCCUCUGCCCCCAGGAGUAAUGGUGCCGGCCCGCACAAGCGCUACUCCGACGAGGGCAAGGAGAGCAAGCUCCCCAGCAUGCUCAGGAAGAAAUCGGGCUUCUCUGGUUUCAUGAACAGCUUGGUGGGAUCGCCCAAGAAGCCGCAGAUUUCGGCACCAGAGAAUCCAGUUCACGUAACGCACGUCGGAUAUGACAGCACGACCGGCCAGUUUACCGGGCUGCCGAAGGAGUGGCAGCGACUCAUCAAUGAGAGCGGCAUCACGGAGAAGGACACGCGGGAACAUCCCCAGAUUCUUGUCGAUGUCUUGACAUUUUACAAGGAGACACAAGAGAAGCCUCAAGAGGACCAGCAACUGGAGAAAUUCCACGACGCGCGCGCAGCAGACUUCCGCGGCCUCGCAACCCCGCUGUCCGCGACCGCCCUCCCUUCUCCGGGCAUGCUACAGACUGGCUACGGCGCCAUGUCCCCCAUGAUCAGCCCGCCCGCCAGCCCCAGGUUUCCCAAUGUUGCCCACGAAGGCAGCUUUGAAAAUCCCCGCGCACCACCUCCAGUACCGAAACCCCAUAUCAAGGACCUCAAUCUCAUGCCCAGCCGGCCGGCGCCCAAGCCUCCGACAAAUCACGUACCGAGGAUACAGCCGGCGUACCCGGCCAAGGACUCGGGCAUCGGCAUGCCCCAGCCAGGAGAGGACGCCUCGCCCUCUUAUCUUCCUCCCAAAGAUAAUGUGCCGAUGCUGCCGGAAGAGCACAGGUCACGGUCACGGUCCAAUUCACGAGCAAAUGGGACGCCGCCCUAUCAAUCGUCGCACCCAUCUCCCUCGGUCACCUCGCCGGUCACCCAGACUGCGGCCUACCAGCAACAGCUGUUGCAACAACAGCAGGAACAGGCGAUGGCCCAGGCGCAAGCAGCCAUGACUGGCCAGCUGGGGCGGCAAGCGAGCAAGCGGCAGCAGCCGACCCCUCCCGCCUCGCAGCACCAGCAUCUGCAGCAGCAAACAGAUCCCAACGGGGCCAAUCGGAUGCCACCGCCACAGCAGGCAAGGGUUGCGCAGCCGGGCUCGAGGCCACGGCACCGACCACGGCAGAGCAACGGCGUUGACGUGGUUGCCGCCCUCAAGAGAAUCUGCUCCGAGGGUGAUCCAAGAGAAAUCUACCGCGGUUUCACCAAGAUCGGCCAGGGCGCAUCCGGCGGCGUGUACACGGGCCACGAGAGGGGGACCAACCGGCUGGUGGCCAUCAAGCAGAUGAACCUCGAGCAGCAACCAAAGAAGGACCUGAUCAUCAACGAGAUCCUGGUCAUGAAGGAGAGCUCACACCCCAACAUUGUCAACUUCAUCGACAGUUACCUGUGCGGGGGAGAGUUGUGGGUCGUUAUGGAAUACAUGGAGGGCGGCAGCUUGACCGAUGUUGUGACGUUCAACAUCAUGACCGAGGGUCAGAUUGCGUCGGUCUGCAGAGAAACCCUCCGUGGCCUGCAGCACCUGCAUUCCAAGGGUGUCAUCCACCGAGAUAUCAAGUCGGACAAUAUCCUGCUCAGCAUGGAGGGCAAUAUCAAACUCACUGAUUUUGGGUUCUGUGCGACAAUCAACGAGGCGCAGAACAAGCGUACGACAAUGGUUGGCACUCCGUAUUGGAUGGCCCCCGAGGUGGUUACGCGGAAGGAGUACGGCCGCAAGGUGGAUAUCUGGUCUCUAGGCAUCAUGGCCAUCGAGAUGAUCGAGGGCGAGCCGCCCUACCUCACCGAGUCGCCGCUGCGCGCUCUGUGGCUGAUCGCUACCAACGGCACGCCGCAGAUCAAGAACGAGCAAGAACUGUCGCCCGUGUUCCGCGACUUCUUGUAUUUUGCGCUAAAAGUCGACCCGGAGAAGAGAGCUAGCGCCCAUGACCUUCUGAGGCACGACUUUAUGAAGGCGUGCGUCGACCUCUCGACACUUGCACCUUUGGUUAGGGCGGCGCGGGAAGCCAGAGCACAGGAAAAAGCCCGCAAAGGACAGUAAAUGGGCUCGUUGAAACCCACGCCUUCUCGCCAUUAUUCCCAGGUUGAACGCAGGAUACCCCAUUUACUGAUAGCUGCUUGGCGUCUUUGCUCUGAACUCAUAUAUCAUGGGACAUGGCUCAUUUUCUUCCCAGCUCACGAGCAAGAAAAUCGUUGUAGCCAAGCUUUCCGGUUUUAUUUAUUUUUUUUCUUAUUUUCCCAUCACUUACAUGGCGGAUGGGUGGAUGGGUGGGCAGGUAGGCAAGCGAACAGGCAAGGCGGGCAUUUGUGGCAUGACUGCGAUUUGUUUUCCCUUAUUCUCUCUCUUUCUCAUUCUCUUUCUCCCUUUUACCCUUGCCUGGUAUCUCGCUCCCCUUCCGUUUUCUUAUCUCGGUUCAACAUCGGACAGGGCUUAAAUAAACAGACCACAUUUUUGAGGGAUGGUCUUUGUUUUCCUCUUUCCUUCUCCUUCGCUUGCCUCUAGGGGUUCGGUCGUCGAUUGUUCUCUUUCUUCUUGCCCCCAAGACCCGUGGGCUUAAUGCACCUCGCUUCUCGUUAGCUUUGCAGCGCAGAGAACAGCAAGCAAGCCGAUUUCGGUCUGGCCAGGUGUUUCGUAUCACCCUACAGCUUCAAUCUGUCCCCCUCCGGUUCUCGUUCU